UCGGGCUCAUACCUAGUGCCUGCAGCAGGACAGCCAUGGCCACCAACUCCACCAGUGACCUCCACACUCCUGGGACGCAGCUCAGCAUGGCUGACAUCAUCGUCAUCACCGUGUAUUUUGCUCUGAAUGUGGCCGUGGGCAUAUGGUCCUCUUGUCGGGCCAGCAGGAACACGGUGAAUGGCUACUUCCUUGCAGGCCGGGACAUGACGUGGUGGCCGAUUGGAGCCUCCCUCUUCGCCAGCAGCGAGGGCUCUGGCCUCUUCAUUGGACUGGCGGGCUCAGGCGCGGCAGGAGGUCUGGCCGUGGCAGGCUUCGAGUGGAAUGCCACGUACGUGCUGCUGGCACUGGCGUGGGUAUUCGUGCCCAUCUACAUCUCCUCAGAGAUCGUCACCUUACCUGAGUACAUUCAGAAGCGCUACGGAGGCCAGCGGAUCCGCAUGUACCUGUCUGUCCUGUCCCUGCUACUGUCUGUCUUCACCAAGAUAUCGCUGGACCUGUACGCAGGGGCUCUGUUUGUGCACAUCUGCCUGGGCUGGAACUUCUACCUCUCCACCAUCCUCACACUCGGCAUCACGGCCCUGUACACCAUUGCAGGGGGCCUGGCUGCUGUAAUCUACACGGAUGCCCUGCAGACGCUCAUCAUGGUGGUGGGGGCUGUCAUCCUGACAAUCAAAGCUUUUGACCAGAUCGGUGGUUACGGGCAGCUGGAGGCAGCCUACGCCCGAGCCAUUCCCUCCAGGACCAUUGCCAACACCACCUGCCACCUGCCACGUGCAGACGCCAUGCACAUGUUUCGAGACCCCCACACAGGGGACCUGCCGUGGACCGGGAUGACCUUUGGCCUGACCAUCAUGGCCACCUGGUACUGGUGCACUGACCAGGUCAUCGUGCAGCGGUCACUGUCAGCCCGGGACCUGAACCAUGCCAAGGCAGGCUCCAUCCUGGCCAGCUACCUCAAGAUGCUCCCCAUGGGCCUGAUCAUCAUGCCGGGCAUGAUCAGCCGCGCAUUGUUCCCAGGUGCUCAUGUCUAUGGGGAGAGACACCAAGUGUCCGUCUCUCGAACAGAUGAUGUGGGCUGCGUGGUGCCGUCCGAGUGCCUGCGGGCCUGCGGGGCCGAGGUCGGCUGCUCCAACAUCGCCUACCCCAAGCUGGUCAUGGAACUGAUGCCCAUUGGUCUGCGGGGGCUGAUGAUCGCAGUGAUGCUGGCCGCGCUCAUGUCGUCGCUGACCUCCAUCUUCAACAGCAGCAGCACCCUCUUCACUAUGGACAUCUGGAGACGGCUGCGUCCCCGCUCCGGCGAGCGGGAGCUGCUGCUGGUGGGACGCAUGGUCAUAAUGGCACUCAUCGGCGUGAGUGUGGCCUGGAUCCCCGUCCUGCAGGACUCCAACAGCGGGCAACUCUUCAUCUACAUGCAGUCAGUGACCAGCUCCCUGGCCCCACCAGUGACUGCAGUCUUUGUCCUGGGCGUCUUCUGGCGACGUGCCAACGAGCAGGGGGCCUUCUGGGGCCUGAUAGCAGGGCUGGUGGUGGGGGCCACGAGGCUGGUCCUGGAAUUCCUGAACCCAGCCCCGCCCUGCGGAGAGCCAGACACGCGGCCAGCCGUCCUGGGGAGCAUCCACUACCUGCACUUCGCUGUCUCCCUCUUUGCACUCAGUGGUGCUGUUGUGGUGGCUGGAAGCCUGCUGACCCCACCCCCACAGGGUGUCCAGAUUGAGAACCUUACCUGGUGGACCCUGGCUCAGGAUCUGCCCUUGGGAACCAAAGCAGGUGAUCGCCAAACACCCCAGAAACACGCCUUCUGGGCCCGUGUCUGUGGCUUCAAUGCCAUCCUCCUCAUGUGUGUCAACAUAUUCUUUUAUGCCUACUUCGCCUGACACGGACAUCCUGGACAGAAAGGCGGGAGCUCCGAGUCCUCAGGUUCACCCAUUUCCCUCAUGGGGAUCCCGAGGCCCCAGGAGGGGCAGAUUCCCCUCAUAGCUGCACAGCAGCUUGGUGCCCAAGAACUGGCCAAGCCAGCAAAGCAGGAGCCCUGAAAAAUUAGGGGGGAAAUGGGAGAAAAGAAUGUGACAUUUCAAAAACAGCACCAAAGCAGUCAGCAUUGGAAGGAAAAUUAGAUUUCUGAUGGACAUCCUGAUGUUGGUUUUACUGUUUUCAUUUUGAACACACAGGCUGGGUCAGGAGCAGUUAGAUUUGCCAGCACUCAGGGCUCUAAGGGUCUUGGGCCAGCUCUGGAUGGAGGGAGAGCCCCACAUGCCCAGAGCAAGGCCCCCCAUUAAGGGACUGCAGCCACCUCCAGGGGCUCCUCCCUCCACCCACCAGCUCCCAAAUGCCAGAGGGAGCCUCUUUGCCCUCCCUCCCUGCCCACCGCCCACCAUCCCUCAACCAUCAGCCUACCGUUCAAAGCCUUUCCAAGUCCCACCUCACUUUUCCCAAUCCCAAAGGUGCCCAGGCUCUGGGCAGGCCCUGCUCAUAUCCCUGAUGGGGGCACAGUCUCUGGAGGACCCUCCUGUUCUCGGGUAGGGGCCGUGCCCCACCUAGGUAGCUGUCCCAUGUGGGAUCCUGUAGGAUCUCUAAAACCCAGCUCUGGCUCCAACUUUCUAACUGCCCUGGAGGUUUCUCAGCCUCCUGAGAGCUCUCCUGGGCCCUGGUCUGGGCAGAACCUGGGCCUAAACAAACAAGAGCCAGGGCAGCCAUGGUCUCUGCGUGGCUGUGCCCAGGGCUCGCCCUCAGAGCUCACCUGUCCAACAGAAGAGGAGUGUGCCUCCACCUUCCCUACUGCCCCUUUUUCAGGGUCUCAGGGCCUGUAGCCCUGUGAUGGGGCGGGGGUGCUGGGUGCCCCAGGUGGAGCUGAAGUCAUGGGGCUGUUGAGGAGUUGGUGUCCACCUGGAGUCUGUCCAGUGAGUUUAGGUCAACAGGUGUGCAGUCUGUCCUUUGAGGCUGAGCCACCUCCCAACAGCCCGAACAACUCCAGGGGCCUUUUGAGGGAGGAGCAGGCAGGCCCAGUUGGUGGUCAGCCCAAGGUGAACCCACACACCAUGGCCAGAGUUCCUCAGGUUGAGCCUCCAGUGGGUGAAACCUGGGAGUCCUCAACCUUCCUGGCAGAUGGGGCCAUUGACAAGAGGAGGUGGGUGGGGCCUCCACAAACUCUGCCCUGUGGUGUCACACAGCUGGCAGCCAAUGGAAAACAACCAGCCAGGAAGCCCCGGAGCCACCCUUGCUGGGUAUCCUUGCUGGGGGACCUGGGCCAUCCCAGUUUGUGCAAAGUGGCCGGAGGCAGUUAGGAGCCCACGUUCAGUCCAAGGCCGUCCACUGAGUAUUGUGUGACUCUGACCGGGCUGGGGGUGUCCAUGUCCUCUCUGGACCUCAGUUCCUGUAAAAAGGCCCAUUGGCCAGAUCGGCCGCCGGGCUGCUCACAGGUGCACGGGCUGCACGUAACUCCGUGGGAAGAAGCCAACCCGCCCGCAGGACCGGCCCUGCCACCAGUGGGGGUCUGGGCGCUCCAGGACCUCAAUGAUGUCGCCACGGCGGAAGCUGAGCUGCGAGGGGUCCUGGGCUGAGAAGUCAAACUGGGCCUGGGCAAAGCAGGCCCCAGGUGACUGCAAGAAGAGGAGGUGGUUAGUAGGGUGCCUUCAGAAGCCCUGCAACCCACCCUCCCUCAGAGGCACCCAAGAGAAGUGAUUUGCCAAAGGUGAGGAGGGGUCUCCGGCAGCACUGGAGUUGAACUUUAAGUCCAGAUCAGUGGUGGUGCCACCACUGGGCCUCCUGCUGCCCACACCCCUGCCUGUCUGCUGUGCAGAUGCUGCAUCUACAUAGAACACAGCUUUCCCAGCCACCCAGCUGGAACCAUAGGGCUGGUGGGUCAGGGGACCUGAGUCCUAGUCUUUAGGGUGGGAUUUUGGUUAGGUCCCUGCUUCUCUUGGGAUCUUAUUUACCUGACUCUGCAGCAGCCAUGGUAGGUUGCCACAAAGCCAUGAGAAUGGGCCUUAUAAACUGUAAAGUGAUGUGUGGCUAAGAGCCGUGUUUAUUGCUCUUGCCCUUGGUCAGCCAUUGAGGGACAGAAUUGUCACUUUGGGCUCUCAGGCCUGGGCUCCACUCCUAUCUAUGCCCCACGUGUGAUGCUGGGUAGGUCUCUGCCCUUUGUGGAACUCAGUUUCCCCACCUGUGAAUGGCAGCUGGACAGGAGGUCUCUGCAGCACAUCUGCCUGGCACCUUGACUAUUGCACCCAGCACCCUGGCCCUGCCUGCCCACCAGGAUCUCAGCUCUGAACCUGCAGAAUCUCAUCCAGGAUGGGUGAUAGGAUCAGCAGAGAAGCUGUAAUUAGCAGCUCUCUGCCCAGGAAGGAGGCGUCGUCAUGGGUCCCAGGGAACUGAGGCAGCUCUGGAGUCGAGCCACAGGGUGGGUGACCCCACGGCCCGGGCCAGAGCGAGGUGGUGGGUGUAGGGGAGCUCUCAGUUGCCCCUGCCCCAGCUCCAUACUGGCUUCCUCACUCUCUCCCAAGGCAGAGCUGCCCCAAGCGGUGAACAGGGAGGAGGAUGGAGAUCUGGCAGACAGGGGCCCAGCUGGAGAGAAAAGUCCCCUGAGGCUGGGAGCUCACAAUGACCUGGGCACUCAGGGUCAGGCAGGGAAGGCCAACAGAGGAGAAACUAGUGGGGGUCUCUCAAGGCACUGUUUGACUCCCCUGGCAUAUCAGACCACAGGGCUCAUCCUACUGAACAGAGGGAACACUGAGGGGAUGAACUGGCCUCUGAUCACAUGGAAAGGUGGUGGGGAGGUGCUGGGAACAAGACAUGGCUGGAACUUCUCUGCAGUGGUUAUCAGCCUCUCCCCAGGCCUUGGCCACACUCCCCAUCUCCUCUGCAGAGCCCAAGCUCAAGUGUCCCAGGGUCUUGACCUGUAGCCCCAGGCUUGCCAGGAUCCCCACUCCUGAAGAAAACAGCCUGUUGGGGCUAAUAACCCCAGUGGCUAUUGUCGGCAUCCUAAGCAGCUUCAGAGCUGGCCCUUGGGGCUCCUUGAUGAAAGGGCUGGCUGGCAAAUUGCUGUUAUUGCGAGGUCAAGGGGUGGACAACCCCCACCCCCCACCCCGCGGCUUGCCAGGACCUCGCCCACGAGCACUCGCACUGCCCCAAACCCAAGGUCAACUCUUCCGUGAGCAGAAAUCAGGACUGAGCCUACCAGGUAAGUGUCCUUGGAUGAGUCACUGAGCCUCAGUUUCCUCAUCUGUGUAAUAGGCAUGAUGAGGCUCCCAGAGUACAGAGACCAGUUCAGUGCACGGUACCCAGUACGCUCAGUGGGGGUCUGUACCUUCCUUCACUCAAUGAACAUUUAUUGAGCACCUACUGUGUGCCACAUGCUAUUCUAGGAGCUGAGAACAAGCUAGACUGUUUGUCCCCAUGGGAUUUUCCUUCUGUCCUUUGCUUUUCUUUCCCUCUUCUCCUUUCCCACCCUUGCAAGUCUCACCACAGCCGCCACCAGGAUAUAACUCUGAAGCCUGGGCUGGACCCCUCUUGCAAUACUAGGCUGCUGGGGAAGGGAGACCAGGCCCGUGCUUGGCCUCAGUGUCAGCAUCUCCCCUGCUGCAGAUGGCAGGAGACGCAGAGAGGCUCCCACAGGCCAGCUC